ACUAUCGUCUUAAACGCAACUAUCUUAAAGUUGAUAUUGACGUCCACUUACAUUAUAUGCUAGCCACAUUAUUACUGCUUCUCUUCUACCUCAUUUGAUGCGCAUCUUGUACUAGUACUUUCAUUUUGCUAUUAUAAAUAAGCUUCUGGUUUUUACAAUUGAACCCGGAGAAACAUUGAACUUGUUAUUGUUGUACUCCAUUAUGUCUAGUGCUAGUGAGAUUAGGCUGUUAUGUUUGGUUUUCUUCUUAGUAUUUUCAUCAUUUUCGUUAGCUUCUAAUGUUACUUAUGAUCAUCGCUCUUUGAUUAUCGAUGGACAAAGAAAAUUGUUCCUCUCUGCAUCUAUACAUUACCCUCGCAGUGUACCAGCUAUGUGGCCAGGACUAAUUAAGACGGCCAAAGAAGGAGGGAUUAAUGUGAUCGACACGUAUGUGUUUUGGAAUGGGCAUGAACUUUCUCCUGGAAAUUAUUAUUUCGAUAAGCGAUAUGAUCUGGUGAAGUUUGCAAAGAUUGUGCAACAAGAAGGAAUGUAUUUGAUUCUGAGGAUUGGUCCAUUUGUUGCUGCUGAAUGGAAUUUUGGGGGUAUACCUGUUUGGCUCCAUUAUGUGCCUGGAACUGUCUUUAGAACUGAUAACGAACCCUUUAAGUAUUAUAUGCAAAACUUUACUACAUAUAUAGUGAACAUGAUGAAGAAAGAGAAACUUUUUGCAUCACAGGGAGGCCCUAUCAUCUUGGCCCAGGUGGAAAAUGAAUAUGGAGGAGAUCUUGAGAGAGUCUAUGGAAUCGGUGGCAAGUCAUAUGUAAUGUGGGCAGCAGAAAUGGCUGUUUCUCAAAAUAUAGGUGUGCCUUGGAUAAUGUGCUGGCAGUAUGAUGCACCUGAUCCAGUGAUCGAUACCUGCAAUUCAUUUUACUGUGAUCAAUUCAAGCCCAAUUCUGACAGCAAGCCAAAAAUUUGGACUGAGAACUGGCCUGGAUGGUUUAAGAAAUUUGGGGAAAGGGAUCCUCACAGGCCAGUUGAAGAUGUUGCUUUUUCCGUUGCCCGUUUUUUUCAAAAAGGUGGUAGUGUACAUAAUUACUACAUGUAUCAUGGUGGAACAAAUUUUGGUCGGACUUCAGGAGGACCUUUUGUUACUACUAGCUAUGAUUAUGAUGCACCAAUUGAUGAAUAUGGAAUUGUGAGGCUUCCAAAAUGGGGACACCUUAAGCAACUCCAUGAAGCUAUAAUGUCAUGUGAGCAUGCACUGCUUCAUGGUGAACAAACCCUUUUGUCGCUUGGUCCUUCUCAAGAGGCUGAUGUAUUUUCUGAAGCUUCAGGAGCAUGUGCUGCCUUCCUAUCUAACACCGACGACAAAAAUGAUAAAACAGUGACCUUUCAGAAUGUAUCAUAUCACCUUCCAGCUUGGUCAGUCAGCAUCUUACCCGACUGCAAGAAUGUCGCAUUUAACACGGCAAAGGUUGGAUCCCAAAGCUCCUCAAUGGAAAUGGUACCAGAAAAUUUGCAGGCCUCACCAAUGCAGUGGAAUAUAUUUAUGGAAAAAGCGGGGGUCUGGGGAGAAGCUGAUUUUAGUAAACAUAGUUUGGUAGAUCACAUAAAUACCACUAAAGAUACUACCGACUAUCUUUGGUAUACAACAAGUGUGUACGUUUAUGAAAAUGAGAGCUUCUUGAGUAAUGGAACCCGUCCGAAGCUUGUAAUUUCAUCGAACGGUCAUGCUCUAUAUGCUUUUAUCAAUCAGAAGCUGGAAGGAGAUUCUUUAUUUAGUGAAGUUUCCAAUAUGAGAACUAGCGCUUCUGAAGAUAGUGCAGGUUUAGAUUCUAAAUUUGAAAGUCUCGUUAAUUUAAAGGCUGGGAAGAAUGACAUUGCGAUUCUUGGCAUGACAGUGGGAUUACAACAUGCAGGGCCAUUUUAUGAUUCAAUACCGGCAGGGCUAACAAGUGUCAAGUUGGAGGGGUUCAAUAAUGGAACCAUUGACUUGUCAUCAAAUGCUUGGAUCUAUAAGAUUGGUUUAGAAGGAGAGCACUUAAAGAUAUACCUUCCGAGUGGUUUGAACAGUGUGAAGUGGCAGCCAACCUCAGAGCCACCAAAAAAUCAGCCUCUCACGUGGUACAUGACCGUAGUGGAUCCUCCACUUGGAGAUGACCCGGUUGGUCUGGACAUGAUAGAUAUGGGGAAAGGCCUUGCUUGGCUGAAUGGAGAAGAAAUUGGAAGAUACUGGUCAAGGCGAUCCUCUAUAUAUGAUAAUUGCACCACCAGCUGCGAUUACAGAGGCAUAUACAAUCAGGACAAAUGUCGCACUGGUUGUGGUGAACCAACUCAAAGAUGGUACCAUGUUCCAAGGUCUUGGUUUAAGCCAUCUGGAAAUAUUCUUGUGAUUUUUGAAGAGAAAGGGGGAGAUCCAAGUAAAAUUAAAUUCUCAAGACGAAAAGUAACUGGUGUAUGUGCUCUAAUAUCGGAGGAUUAUCCCUCUUUAGAAUACGAAUCAUGGAAUGAGGACAUGACAGUGAAAAAUGAAAGCAACCCAACUGUCCAUCUGAGUUGUCCCAAGGGCACAAUAAUAUCUGCAAUAAAAUUUGCAAGCUUUGGGACCCCUACUGGAGAAUGCGGAUCUUACAGCGUGGGAGACUGUCAUGAUUCUACUUCACUUUUAAAGGUUGAAAAGGUCUGCUUAAACAAGCAAGAGUGUGCUUUAGCGUUGUCAAACAGGAACUUCAAUAUGACUUUAUGCCAUGGCUCGACAAAGAAGCUUGCCGUUGAAGCUGAAUGUAGUGGCAGCAGCUGAUAUUUAAGCUAUACCAGUGAGCACAAAAUUUGGUGGUUUACACUCCAUAGACCACCUCAAUAAGAAAAUUGUUAGGGGGAUGAAUGACCCACUACUACUAGAGCGAAACCCGACUUUACUCUUAUCUUUUUGCUCAGUCCUAACUUGAAAAAAAUGUAAUUCGUUGUAUGUUAUUUUGAAAGCAGUUUCUGUUAAACUAUCAACUGAAAUUGAAUGUCUUAACAUCGCUAAAGAUGUUUCUCAGGUAUAGAUACUUGCAAUGUGUCAGGUUGUGUUUCUUCAUUCCUUGAGUUGGAA